CUGGCUGAGUCAGAGGGACUGCUCCCAACUUAGAAUGACACAAACAGACAGACCAACUCUUCCUAAAUCACAGUGGCUGAAAACGUCAAGAGGACUCUUAAAUACACAGAAAAACAACAUUGGGGACUGCAAAAGGGAGAGCUUGAAGUUAUUACCAAAAUGGAGGAAUGUGAGAGUCUGGACGCUAAAAUGACGGAGUUGCAGGACCUUCAGAGUGAGGCUUCAGAGGCAAUCAGCCAGGACGAUGAAGACGAGGUGGAGGAACUGCAAAACAGUCUGCGAGAGGUUGUCCAGGACCAGUCUGUGAAGCCCAAAUUCCAGUGUCUGAUGGUGGAUCCGUCGUUCUCUAUGGUAACCGUUCAAAGUGAGGACAGUGGUAUUGUUUGGGAAACGGCCUCUAGCCGCUGCUCUACUCCCUGGGCCUCGGAGACCAGCUCCAUUUCUGAAGCCUACAGCAUGGAGGGCUCUGGAGCCGCUGGAAAGAUCACCAUCGUCUUUGAUGAGGAGAAAAUCGUCCGCAGGAGGACAAGGUCUGGAGGAAGGAGCAGCAGGUUGGGGGACAGGCUGUGCCGACCUGGUAGUUCAAGAUCGGCUUCAGCGCUUGGAGUGGAGAGACCAGAGAUGGCAGAGGUUUCCCUCCCCAAUGUUAAACAGGAGAAAACUGAAACAGAGCCAGACUUGGAGGAAAUCAAAAAUAAGGAUCAGCAGCUUUUUAGUUUGAUUUCAGAGGGUUAUGAGAUUCUCAACAUCAGAGUCCCUUCCAAACUUCCCACUGUGGACGAGGAAGAGAGCACAGAGUUGCAGGACAAUUUGUCUUAUUUGGACCAGACUUCAAAGAUCAAGUCCCGAAACCAACAUGACUGGACACUGCAACAGAACCAUACCCUGCCAGAAGAGGGGGAAAUAAUGCAUCAAGAGCCCUCAAAGCAAGACUCUGCGGACACAGAGCUCAGACACACACCCUCUCAGAAAGAGAGCGCCACCGACAUAGACUACUUUGAGAAGUUUACCCUGGUUGAUGUGGUGGUUCCUGGAGAAGAAGCUCCGCAGCUGCAGGAGGAGGCAGAACAGCCUGCAGCAAAGCCCCAAAUGGAGGAGCAAAAGCCAGCUAAGGAGACAGAGAGCCCCUCUGCAUUAGAGGACUCCUUUGUCUUUGUUACGGAUCUGGAUAUAAUUGGGGAACACCUGGAUGAGGUCUUCUACGGGGAAGGAGCUCCUGCCGAUGCACUGCGGAAGAAAGAAGACAAUGAGGCGGAGAGUGAAAUGAGAAGGAGACGAGAGAGCCAGAGAUCUGGGAAGGAGAAUGGCUCAGCGUUGUUUGGGAGUGAAGAGACCAUCCUCACGCCCAUUUAUAUCUCCGCUGGACCCCCUAAGAUCAUUGACCUCAUCCUGCUGGAGGAGCCAACCGCCAUGUCAUUUAUGUACUCAGAUCUUUAUGAAGACGCUGUGGGCGAGAGGACGAAGAGCGACGGGGAACACUCUGAGGCAGAGAGUGUGGCAUCAGAGAAGACUUACAGGAGACGUUUGUCAGAUUCAGAGGAGGCUGACGGGUACCUGGAGAAGUUUAUUUUGAAGGAUGAAACUCCCACAGUGGAGCAUCAACCAGAAUCAGUGGAGGAUGAGACGGAGGGGAGGAUGAUGUGGUCGCAGUCUGAGUUUGACACAACAGGAUGUCUAACAAGACUGGACAGAGAAGAAGACAAGUUAGAGGAAACAACGACUCAGGAAGUCAGUGUUGGAGAUAACAGCAAUGAUUUACAAUCAGCAACAUUUGAAGAGAAAAGAGUAAUAGUUACAGAGACCGAAAAGGAGAUGGAGGAAACACAACUUUCCAUGGGGACUAAAGAGCAGACUGUCAGAGAAGCCUCGGUAGAAUCAGUUCAGGAGUCUAAACUGAAAGAGGAUCAGAUAGAGGAUCUGGAGGUGACACGUGAGGUAAAGAGAGACCAGACUGAGCAUCCUGAGAGCAGCACUGAUGGAUCACUUGCUAAAACUCAGCAGGUGGACAGUAAAGUAGAGAAAACAGAGCAGAGUGAGGAUCAUCAGAGAGAAGUGCAAGCAGAAACAACUAGCUUGACUGAAACUGAGCAGCCAUGUCAGACACAAAAACUAGAAAAAAACACUCAGGUCGUAAAUGCUGCAUCGCCUCCCAUCGUCACUGAGAAGACUUUCUCUAAGGAGGCAGCUGCUGGCACUGAGAUGGUUGCUGCUGAUGCAAAAGUAGUUACCAAGGCCACAGCAGAGGCCCCGGCGGAUGCUAAAGAUCUUAAGACUGUAAGACAGGAAAUUGUUACCUCUACUGAACCAGCGGAAACCACUAGCAUGAUUGAAACUGAGCAGCCACGUCAGACACAAAAAAAAAAAGUGGAAGAAAAAAGCGCUCAGGAGAUUUUACCUGCUGUAGAGGAGACAGCUGUCAUAACGCCUGUAAGCAGCGGGGCCCCUCCCAUCAUUACUGAGAAGACUUUCUUAAAGGAGACAGCUGCUGACACUGAGAUUGUGGCUGCUAAUGAGAAAGUAGUUACCGAGGCCAUAGCAGAGGCCCCGGCUGAAGUGAAAGAACGUGAGACUGAUAGGCAGGAAAUGCUCACCACUACGGAAAUAGAGUCUUCCGCUAAAACAUUACUGUGUGAGGAGAAAGAAGCAGCAGUAGUUGUUCCUGAAGACGUUGCACCUGUUGAGGUCACCACUGACUGUGAUUCUGCAGUACAGGCAUUAGUGGAGGUCACUGAAAAAGCUGUGGAUGAAAAAGAGAUCCAAACUCAAGUUCAGAUUGAUCUUCGGGAAGUUACAAGUAUUGAGACAACAUAUGUACACACAUUUGAAGGAGAGGAGGAACAUAAAGCUCUGGCAGAGGAAAAAACCGUUGAGAGCCAAUCGUCUGAAUUUAUUGCUGAAGCUGAUCAGGGGUCAGAUGUUAAAGCUGGGAUUUCAAAUGAAGUAACUGAACUGGUGUUGGCAGAAGAAGUCAAGACAGAUUCAGAUAAGAAACAGCUUGAACUUCUUGAAUCCAAGCAGCAUCAAAAAGAGGCGUCAGUGACUGACAAUGAGCUAAUAACUGAAGCCAAAGAUAAAACCCCCACAGAGGACACUGAUGCUCAGGGGAUGGUGAAUGUGGAUGAUGAGUUCAUCCUUCUUGUCCCCAAAGGACAAGCUGUAGAGAUAGACAUAGCGAUUAGUCAGUCAGAGAAGACUACAAGUGAUGCAGUAGCUCUCUCUGAAUCUGACAGCACAUGUGAACAUCUCAUAGCACCUAAAACCACCACAACAUGCCCUGACACUCUUCAGGCCCUAAAUGUUGAAACAAUGACAGAGCCUCAACUAGAGGUAAAACCUGACAUUGUUUUAAAUGAAGACGCACUACCCAGAAACGGGUUAGACAGGAGGUACUCUCCUCUAGCUCCUGUGGAGGAGGCCAACACAGAGGAGCAGAGGAUGGACCGGGACUUUGAAGUAGAUGAGGGCCACCUUUCCUCUCUGAGGAGCUCUACUCCCCAGACGGAUUUGUCCGGGCUACAAAGAGAGGAUAUGAAGUCAGGAACAGCAGAUGUCGAACAAAAAGCAGAUAUUCACAAAGUGGAAGAUGCCCCAGAAACAAGCAUUGUUACAGAGGAUUCCAGUCCAGAGAUUGAUCUGCACAGAGAGGAUGUGGAAGAAAAGAAAGAGCAAGAUCAAGCAGGUUCAGAGGCUCCAGAGGUGAUUGCUGAGGAGCUUGAAUAUGAGAUAAUAUCUAAACAGGAUGCAGAAGAUAUGCCAGAACCUGAAACACAAAGAGAUGCAGAGGAACCAAAACCGGAGUCAGGUCAUGAGAGAGAAGAGAGGAUGGAGUUAGUGACGGAGGAGAAAGUCUUGGAUCUGCCCCCAGAAGAAGAGCUCAUUGAGGCUGACUAUGAAAUCAUCGAUGCAGAGGAGCAGAGUCAGGCCCGACUGGCUGCUGAGCUGCAGGGGUUGGACUGGUUCUGUCUCACGUGUGGCUGCCUGCUGUCCGAGGGGGACUAUGUGUCUGGAGAGCAUCACAGCCACGCAGUUGCUGCUGUGGACCAAGCCUACGAGGAAAUCAAGGAGAAGCUGAGUGACUGGAUCUCAGAGCUUCAGGGGAGGUCGGAGAACAUCGAGGACCUGGUGUCUGAGCUUGAACUGGCUUACAACUCUAUAGAGGACCAGUGUGUGGAGAGCGAGGCAGCCAUGCGGGUGCAGAAUGAGGAGAUGAUGGCUCUGGUGAUGGAGCAGUACAACGACAUGUCUGUCAGCAUGGAAGAGGAGAAGAAGGCCAAGCUGGAGCAGCUGUAUGACCAGAUUGUCUCCUUCCAGGAGAGCAUCGACUCCACCAAAGCCACUCUGGAAACCACGGCCAGGGAGGCUGACACUGACGCACGGUCACCUGAAGACAUUCGUGCAAGUCUCAAGGCAGCUCUGGACUCAGCCAUGUCACUGGAGCUGGGUCCCAAGGGACUGCUGGUGUUUGAGGACUAUGCCAAGGGCAACACUUCCAGCUCUCACCUCGCACAGCGCAAGGGAAUCCCAGUGCCUCAGAGGCCUACGUUGCAGCCUCAGGAGCCAGGCUCAGCCACCAGCACUAGUGUCACUGUUUACUGGAAGGUCAACCCUGGAGAUAUCAUAGACUGCUUCCAGGUCUACUGCAUGGAGGAUCCACAAGGAGCUGUGUCAGAGGAGUACCGUGUGACAGUGAAGGAGAGUUAUUGUGUCCUGGAGGAGCUGGAGCCUGACAGGACCUACAAGGUGUGGGUGAUGGCUGUCAACUAUACAGGCUGCUCUCUGCCCAGCGAGAGACUCUCCUUCAGAACGGCCCCAUCAGUGCCAGUGAUUGACACAGAGCGCUGUACGGUCAUGUGGGAUUCAGCCACGCUGCGGUGGAGCUCAGCAAAUCAGACUCCCGAACUGAGUUACACCCUGGAGUACUGUCGCCAGUAUGAACUGGAGGGGGAGGGGCUCAGGUGCCUCUCAGGCAUCAAAAGCUGUGAACAGAGGGUUCUCCUGCAGCCCAACGAGAAUUAUCUGUUUUACAUCAAAGCUGUAAAUGAGUCUGGAGCCAGCGAACAGAGCGAGGCUGCCCUCAUUUCCACCAAAGGGACAAGGUUCCACCUGCUGAAGGCAUCAGCUCACCCUGCCCUGGAGCUGUCAGUGGACCAAACCACGCUGCGCUUCUCUCAGGACGCACAUGAAAACACACCAUCUACAGACAAUGAGUGUCCAUCCAUCCUGGGUGAGUUGCUGCCAGCACAAGGGCAAUACUACUGGGAAACCCUUGUGUCAGGGAGCACAGCUUACAGGCUAGGAGUGGCAUACAGCACAGCCAACAGAAGCAGCCCACUGGGAGAAAACAGCCUGUCGUGGUGUUUGCAGUGUAUUCCUACACCAUCAGGCUGCAGGUAUCAGCUGCUCCACAAUGAAGUUCAGUCCAGUGUGUUUGUGGUUGAGAGGCCUGAGCGAGUGGGUACUCUCCUGGAUUACCAGCUUGGUCGUUUAUCUUUCUACAAUGCCCAAAGUGGUCAGUUGUUAGGCAUUUUCUGCCAGCGCUUCACCCAGCCGUGCCACCCUACCCUAGCCCUAGAGAUGCCGGGCAGCCUGGAGGUCAGCAUGGUGCUGGAGAUGCCGGAGUUCACCAAGGACAGCUAGCUCUGCUAUCUGCCUUACACACCGAGGAGUUUACAGUUCAUGAUGGACAUAUUUUCAUUUGAAUGAUCUUACUGUUUUAUAACUGAUGGCCACCAUAGCAUUACUGAGAAAGGUGCAGAUAUGGCAGGACAUAAAAUAUACUCAUAUCAUAAGAUAUACUGGGUCCUAGUCUUUUAAAGUGGCCUCAUUUAUGAGCUUGUGUGUUCUAGUGAGAUCCAACCAUACUGAAGUCAAACACACUGAAUCAUUACUGAGACAAACAAUAGAGUUUGUCAACUCGUUUAUAGCUCCAAGAGACAUACUGUGGCACUUUUGAAUUGCAAUUCAUGUUGUGAAUUUGUGUAAAUAACCUUUGUAAACAGAUGUGAUCUCUUCUAUAUUUUAUGUGUGACUCGCAACAAGUGGAGAUGGUCUGUUUUUCUUCCUAUGUCUUGUAAACUGAUUUUAAUUUCUGAGUUGAAUGAACAUGUUUAUUUUUCUAUUUGCAAAAAUGGACUGCUUGUUUGUUUUCAGCUCAUUAGCUUUCAAACCACUAGGGGGCCUCUGUACUCCAUUAGUGGCAAUACUCGCUUAAAAUCAGGUUCCAAUUCAUGUCUGCCACCAAUCCUUACAACUUAUGCUAAAUCUAUCAUGCAUUUAGGUGUCCAGAUUGCUUUUGCUGACUUACAGCUACUGUUGAUAGGAGCCGUACACCUUGCUGACAAAGAUACUCAGUUCUCCAGGCGACAUGUCAUUUCACAAUUAUUACUGAACUAUUUUCCAGACACUACCUUCUCUUUUCAUCUCUGACACCUUUCCCCAUUUCUGGGAAAACAGAGAGAUGAGAGGGAGAAGAAGGGUGUGGGGGCAAACACAUGCAGACCAUCAGGCAUCAGCUGGGAUUUCAAGGACAGCUCUUUGACAAGUGACUGGGACUGAUAAAACUGGGUUGGGAAUUUGGAAUUUUUUUUGUUGAAGCUGAACUCAAGACCUAUUUCUGUUACAGCAGAAAGUUAGGACCCAGUCUCACUGCUGCAGACUUGGCACUGUAUUUGUACCUUUUCUCAGCACCAGAGUUAUUAAAUAGGUUUCAUUCUACAAACGAUUAUUUUUCUAACCCAGAAAGACACAACAGGAUAUUGUUAAAUCACUGCAAUUGAAAAUAUGCAAACACGUAAGACAUUUGCACACAAUUGACAACAGAUCCAAAUUAUUUCCCUUUACCGCACCUAUUAAACAGCCAGCCAGGAGAAGUCUCAGCGGGGGUCUCUACCUCACAUAACCGAUGACUACAACAAUAUCUGAUGUCAAGUAUGCAUCAUCUCCUUUCAAACUAAAUACUCUCAUUUUUUCCAUGUCUAAGGCCAAAACUAGACAAAGAGCUUACUAUCCUCCCAGCAUUUAAACAACUAAUCACACAAUAAGCAUUGUGGGCAAGGGCGAAACCUUCUGUAAUUAUCACUGGAAAAACAAGUCACCCAAUAGCAGGCCUCUUGCUG